AGUAGUCCGGUGUUUACGUCGGGCAGAAGCCGAGCAGAAGCCGAGCAGACGCCGCCCGGACGCCAAGGCCAACAGCCGGAUUAAACGGGCUUUAAGAACCGAAAAGAGAGUCCACUUUGGGUCCGCGAUGGAUAUCAUCAGGUUAUUUCUUCUUCUGGGGCCAGGGUUGGCCGCAAAUGGCGAGAGGCAUUCCCUCACUUACAUCUACACGGCCCUCUCCAAACCUGUCGAUCUCCCCGGCAUCCACCAGUUCACAGCCAUGGGUCUGGUGGACGGCAAGGUGAUCGACUACUAUGACAGUGACAUCAGUCAGAAAGUUCCCAAACAGUCCUGGAUGGCAGAUAAUCUUCCGAAAGAUUACUGGGCUAAAGGCACACAGUCCCGCCGGAGCAAGCAGAAUUGGUUCAAAGUCAACACUGAAAUCGUGAUGCACCGGUUGAGACAGAAUAUCACAGACCUACAUGUCCUUCAGUGGCAGCACGGCUGCGAGGGAGAAACGCAGCCUUCCGGCGGGCUCAAGUACGUAAGCUGCAUGGACAUGUACAGCUACGAUGGAGAGGACUUCCUGUCCUUCGACAACACCAACGAGGUCUGGGUUUCCUCCGCUGUUGCAGCGGAGGAAACCAAGAGGAAGUGGGAUGAAGUCCAGGUCCUGAAAGUAUACACCAAAGACUACCUGGAGAAAGAGUGUAUUACUUGGUUGGGGAAGUUCGUUCAGUAUGAACAAGAGCGUCUAACAGCAGCCUCUCAACCUGAAGUGUACAUGUUUGCCAAGAACUCCCAAGUUGAGACCAACAUCAUCUUGAGCUGCCUGGCCACAGGUUUCUACGCAAAAGACACCGUCCUGCAGAUCAAAAGGAACGGCCGUAUUCUAACUCGAGAGGACGGAAUAAUGACCUCGGGCGUUCGACCAAAUGACGACGACACCUACCAGCAAAAACAGAGUGUGGAGAUUUUAAAGAGUGACCCGUAUACAUUCACCUGUGAGGUCAUUCAUCAAGCAUCCAAUUUAAGAGUUCAGAGGGAGUGGGAUUGCACACUUCCCGAAGACUCGAGCAGACUUAUUGCUGUUGCGGUGGCCAUUCUCUGCCUCAUCUUGAUGGCAGCUGUGUUUGUGGGGCUGUUUGUCAUGUAUAAAAAAAGAAGAAUUAGAUUUACUACCAUCAAAAGAAUCAGCGAGUCUGCAGAUGCUUGUAUAGUUGGAAACACGGUAACCAGUAUCACCCUUAUGGAGGAGAAACCUUUCCUGGACCACAACAAAGGGUCAAAUAGCUCUAUCACCAGCCAUACUUCUAGCGACUCUGGUGUCUCUUCUGAGUUUGGCCCUAAUGAAGGCGACAAGAACCCCCACUGCGAGGAUGAUAACCCGGGGAACUGAGAUUUGUGUGUACAUGGGCUGAAGUCUCUGCAAAUACCAGCAAAUUUAUCUGUAAAAGCAAAAGCAUCUGCUACUGUGUAGGGGAUGGAAAUUAAAAACGGGGAUUUUGAAAACUGGGAGAGAAAAAAGAAAAUUGGCAGGUAACAGUCAAAAAGAAGAACAAAGCAUUUAAUAGGGAUGUGAUAUUAUUUUUCUGGUGGGGGUGCAUUCUGCUGCCUACACCUGUCGCAUCUGCGCGUCAAAGCGGAAGGGUGAAAUUCAGGAUUGUCGAGAGACAAGCGAUGUCCAAGGUUUAGGUCUAGUUUUACGCUGGUGUCGAUUUGAGCAGUCACAUGAUGUCUCGCUGAUCGGUUUUCACCUGUGGGAAGGGGCCCACGGCUUGUUGGAAUGUCUUGUAGUGCCGCUUGUUUAUUGCCCUGUUUUUAUGCAGCUACGUUACUGCUGAUUUGUGUGUCUGCCGACACAGCCUUCUUGAAGGCCGUGUCUAGCUCAGAAAACAGAUAUUCUAGUUCAUGCUGUAUUUAUACGCCUGGAGCCAAAUAGAUAAUACAAUGUGCAAAAUGUUAUCCUUGCAGCGCAACACCAUUUAUCAACUGUUGUAAUUUUGAAUCAUUUUUAUUUUAAUGCCGUUUUGCUUUUAAGUCUCUUUACGUUUCUUUCUGAAAAGUUUAAAUGGAUUCAAGUCAUUGAUAUACCAUCCUCACUCAGUGCCAACAAUGGGGGCGGGGGGUUAAACCUAAAUGAUUGUAAAAGUUUCUUUUUACUGUACAGAGCUGUGCCGACUUUACUCUUCUGUCUGAUUUUCUUUCUUCUUAUACAUGAUCUUUUUGUGGACGAUCUCAUUGGCAUGUAUCUCAUAUUGUAAAUAAAAACUACUG